GAGAGGCACAGAGCACAAGAUGAACUUCACUAGCUAGCUAGUCUAGUUUUGUCAAGAGUGUGCCUAUGUUUCUUUAGUUUAAAAAAAAGAAAACAACAACAAAUAAUAAAAUAAAGUACCAGAAUGGCAACAUUUCAGCCCUGGUACCAUGGCAAUAUUACCCGCUCCAAAGCUGAAGACCUGCUUUCCAAAGCAGCCAUGGAUGGGAGCUUUCUGCUGAGGGGUAGUGAAUCUAUUCCGGGAGCGUACGCCCUCUGUGUGCUUUUCCAGAACUGCGUCUACACCUACAGAAUUCUUCCCAAUGAAGAACACAAGCUCUCUGUUCAGGCUUCGGAGGGAGUGCCGAUUCGGUUCUUCUCAGUCAUUGGUGAUCUGGUGGAGUAUUACUCCAAAGAGAAUAUGGGACUAGUGACAAACCUGCAGUUUCCAGUGCCGAGUGAGGAGGAGCGGGCAGAAGAACCAGAGGAUGAGCCAGAGCCAAUAAACGUCCCUCCUCAACUCCCACCUCGGAACUUUACCACGGCUAUUUCAGUCAGUGAAGGGAGAGAGGCUUCUAGUGAAGCUGCGAAAAGCACAGAAAUUGUGCGAUCAUCCCUUUCGGACACUUUCCUGCAGAGACUACAGAGCUUUGACACCAGCAACCUAUCAGAGGAGCAUCUGAAGUCCAUCCAGGAAUACUUCCGGAUUAACAUUAACACUGACGCCGAGCAAGUACUGAGUGGCAACUUUAACCUGCCACAGCUGAAAAAAAUGGUCAUGGGGCUCUGCAAGAACUUGAACAGUGAGAUUGGCCGCACGAUGCCCACACUGGAGUGCCUCCAGAAAGUGAUGGAUCAGCAGCUCUCUCCUGGGGGAGGACGAGCUAAAAACCAGAUUUCUACUGAUGCAAAUCUGGGUUGCAUCUGUUCCAAGGUGGGGGAGCUGCACAGCUUGCUUCAGGCUAUAGAAGAAAAGACGAGGAGUGCUGUGUUUGAGUCUGUUGGCUAUGAUGGAGGCCAUCGAAAUUCAGUGAUUCCUCCAGUCACCUUCGAGGUGAAAGUGGAUUCACUGGGGCUUACAGGAAAAUUACAGCUGAAGGUUGACGUGGAGACUGGGAAAGUCAUUGUCAAAAAAUCCAAAGAUGGACCAGAGGACAAAUUCUACACACACAAUAAAAUCUUGCAGCUGAUUAAGUCCCAGAAGGUCCCCAACAAGCUGAUGAUAACGGUGGAAACAGAAAAGGAGAAAACACAGAAGAAGGAAUAUAUCUUUGCAGAUUCCAAGAAGCGGGAAGGGUUCUGCCAGCUCCUUCAGCAGAUGAAGAACAAACAUUCAGACAAAUCAGAGCCUGACAUGAUCACCAUCUUCAUAGGCACCUGGAAUAUGGGAAACGCCAACCCUCCUUCUCAGAUUAAUUCGUGGUUCCUGUCGAAGGGUCAAGGGAAGACCCGCGACGACACUGCCGACUACAUCCCACACGACAUCUACGUGAUUGGAACACAGGAGGACCAGCUGGGAGAGAGGGAGUGGAUGGAUAUUUUAAAAAACGCUCUAAUGAAUAUCACCAACAUCGCCUUCAAACCGAUAGCUAUCCAUACCCUCUGGAAUAUCCGUAUCGCUGUCCUGGCAAGACCUGAACACGAGAACCGGAUCAGCCAUGUGUGCCAGAGCAGUGUGAAGACGGGCAUCGCCAAUGCACUCGGUAACAAAGGAGCAGUGGGUGUGUCCUUCAUGUUCAAUGGGACCUCGUUUGGCUUUGUUAACAGUCAUCUGACCUCUGGCAGUGAGAAGAAGGUCAGACGAAAUCAGAACUACAUGAGUAUUCUGCGAUUUCUUAACCUCGGCGAUAAGAAGCUGAAUCCUUUUGACAUCACCCAUCGAUUCACUCACCUCUUCUGGCUGGGAGAUCUGAACUAUCGCAUUGAAAUGCCCUCCACGGAGGCUGAGAACAUUGUGACAACGAUCAAACAGCAGCAGCACCAGGAACUGCUGUGCAAGGACCAACUCAACAUAGAGAGGAAUGAGAGGAAGGUCUUCCUCUACUUUGAGGAAGAAGACAUCACAUUUGCUCCCACUUAUCGCUAUGAGCGACAUACUCAUGAAAGAUAUGUCUAUACCAAGGCCAAGGCCACUGGGACAAAGUACAACCUUCCUUCUUGGUGUGACCGGGUGCUCUGGAAGUCCUAUCCCAUGGUGCAUGUGGUUUGUCAGUCUUACGGAUGUACCUCUGAUAUCAUGACCAGCGAUCACUGCCCAGUCUUUGCUACAUUUGAGGUUGGGGUUACAUCACAGUUUGUCUCCAAAAAUGAUCCCGACAACACAGACGCUCCGGGUGGGAUCAAGUUUAUGAAUUGCGUAGCGAUUCUCAAGACCAAGUCCAAGACCAGAUUCUUCAUUGAAUUCCACUCUAGCUGUUUGGAGAAUUUUGUAAAGAGUACAGAGGGGGAGAACAAGGAACAUCAGGAGGGGUCACUGAAGGUGCGAUUCGGAACACCCUCAGAGCUGACUCCAAUCAUUUCCGACCCGGAGUACUUGCUGGACCAGCACAUCCUGAUCAGUGUGAAAUCCACGGACUGUGACGAGUCCUAUGGCGAAGGCUGUGUGGCACUCAGGUGUGCUGAAUUCUGCACCUCUGAUUUCUCCACCCCCCUGACCCACCAUGGGGAACACACUGGGGACUUCAACGGGACCAUCCAGCUGCGCACCUCCAAGGGCAAGCAGAGAGAGAAGCUCUACGACUUUGUGAAGAUUGAGGGGGAUGAUGCUGCUGUGCAGAAGCUGAGGACUGUGAUGCGUGAAUCAACAUGUGGCCCUGAACACGGAGCUAUGAAGUUGCCUCACUUGUCUCCGACAGACAUCAGCAACCCCAGUUACAUGGGGAUUGGUCUGAAAGCAGGCGGUUCUCCAGACCUGCAGCCCCCCGGUUCCUGGAACUACGACCAGCCACCCAAACAGAGCCCCCCCGGCAUAGGAGGGCACAGCGACCCCCCCCCACCCUCCCGAUCCCCGCUGUCUCCCAAGAAGACUGGUCAGACGCAGCCGAGCCACUGUCAAACAGGCAAACCUGGAGAGCACUUUGCUCAGCAGUCUGUCCAGACUCCAGAUGAUGGGAAGCCACCUGAGAUGUUUGACAACCCCCUGUAUGGCUCCAUGGGGCAUAAGCAAAAAACGGGUGGCUGGAAGGAUCAGGAUGCCCCCUGGGCCAACCGCAAGGUGCUGGCCCUCCCUGAUGCCCACUUCUUCCCCAAGAACCAGGAAGAGCCCCCAGUCCCAAUCCCCCGCAUCCGCUCCUUCACAUGUUCAGAGACGAAGGGAGCCGCCCCCUCCACCCUCCAGCCCCCCUGCAUCGCCAAGAAGCCAGUGGUCCCGUCCCGCUCAGAUGUGGGCAUGUUGACCUACCCCCGGCCUCCCCUGCCAGCCAAGAGUCGAGCAGGUCCAGCGGAACCCCCACUUACCAAACCGAGGGACUACCGGGACAGCUCUGAGUUUCCAAAUAAUAAAGGCAAGCCACGUGGGAUAGACGGCCCUCCAAUGAGACCAAGCCAGCCUGUCAGCAAAGAAGUGAACCAGGAGGCAGUCCCAGGUGCCAAGAAGGGGCGCCCUGUUAGAUGAUCUGCUGAUUCUUCGCUCCUGUUGGAAUAAGAGGGCUAGCUGCUUUCCCUCUCCCCAUGAACAGGGUAUUAAACUGGGCAGUGCCCCACAGAUCGCUCUUGCACAGUAGUAUACAAGGACUUGAAUUGACUGAGGAAUGUCUGCAGUGUGUCCUUCCAUUAAGACCACAAGCUAAACCCAAGCGACUGCAAUGCAUGUACGCUCACAGACAUCUGCUUUGGAUUUGAAUGGAACAGAAGAUUUUUAGUAUUAUUAUCAAGGAGCAGGGGUUGAAACUAACGUGAGUCCAGAAGCUCAGGGUUACUGACAUUUCAGCGCAAGUAAGUGUUACUGAACAUGCCGUGGAGUUUAAAAUCAAACACAUUACUACCUGUCCAUGUUGGACGUAUCACUAGCAUACCCUUUUCAAACUAACUCCAAUUAUUUUGAUAUUUUCAUUAAAAAAAUCUUGGUCAUAAAUCGGUGUUGACCACUUAUUUCCAUAUGGUAUUGGAUGUAAGCCUGUCUAUAUAAAUAUCACUGAAUCUGCUGGGUCACCCAGACGUAAUCAGAAAUGUUCAUAGCAGCUAGCAAGUUAGUUACUUUAAUUGGGAGUGUGAGCCAGUUUCUCAAUAUGCAUGAUAACAUGCGUAGCUUAGCUGUAUAUUUCUUUUUAAAUCAAUCACCUUUCAAUGAUAAUAAAUCACUUACCUUUUUUAAGAACUCGGUUCUUUUUGUGCUGACUUGAAUUCUGCAUUGAAACACCAUCAAACCUGUUAAUCUCUGCCCACUGUACCCCCACCUACUCAACCAGUCACUGUUUAAAUACACAAUCAACAGCUUGCAUGAUUUUUCAAUGAAGAACCCAUGUCAGCGCAAAUCAAAUGUGUGUGUGUGUGUCUAUCUCUCUCUCUCUCUCUCUCUCUCUCUCUCUCUCUCUCUCUCUCUCUCUCUCUAUAUAUAUAUAUAGAUAUAUAUAUAUAUAUAUAUAUAUUACAGCAUUUUGGACAGUGCUAAAAAUUAAUACUGAGCUUCUAAUAUGAAAAAUCUUCUUGUUUUACCCAAAUUAUGUAUUAGUCACUCACUCAAUAAUAGUUUUGAAUGGCAUUUUAUACCAAAUACAAUACAAAUGCAUGUUAUUUUUAGCUGUUCAGAAUGUUUGCAGCUGGUGUUGUAGGGAAAGAAUGGUCAUAUUUUGAUGUAAAUUCCUGGACCUGUCUACAGCACAGCCAGCACAACACCAGAGGGGCAGAUGAAACAAAAACAAAACAUAGAACUGGCUGGCUGUGUUUCUGAUUGAAGUCUGGAUGAUAGUUUAUAUCCAUAGGGAAUAUGUUUUAUUAUAAACACUGUAGCAUGUUCAGUAAUGUUUUAACAUUGUCUCCCUGUUUCUGGGACCCAUUAUACUUGAAAUGACUUUUAACAGGGAUAAACAACCAUUAUUUUGCUGAUCUGUUUGACUACUGUUUUUACAGAGGAUAUUUUAUGAUGUAAUUUGCGGCUUCUUGAUACAAAAUAUAGUUUCAACCCGGCACCAGAGUGAUUUAUUGGGCACCUGUAAAUAUUUCAGUUAGCCAAGACAAAUGUUUUAAAUGAUUUCAAAUAGUUUGGGUGAAGGCAUUCAUUAACAUUGAUUGCAUUUUGGUGCCUUUAACCUGUCUCUAUGCAACGUUAGUCAAAAAGCCUGAACUGUCCCAGUGAACAUGGAGUCAUACAGUCACCCCACUGGCAGGGAAAGGAAGGUCACAGAAAAAUCUAAAUGAUGCUGGUGGUGAAGGUAAUUAUCAGCCAAAAUAAAAUAAAAUAAUAAUAAAAAGUUUGUGAAAUGCUUUAUUGUCAUUAAGGCUAUUGUUUAGAUCGAUGUGCACAAAUAAUUGGCUUUUUUAUUGUAUACAUUUCUAUAUAUUUUUUUAAAUGUCAUAUUGUUUAUGUUAUAUGUCUGUGUUAUGCUGUUUGUUUUUGCCUUCACGGAUAAUAAUGGGUUAAACAUGUUUGACGAGGUCAGACUGGCCCCAAACCAGAGUAUUCAGAAAAUAUUGAAUUCUCAUUGGCCACUCUGUAUAACAUCAGUUAUCUUUUAACGACCUGUGAGACACACAGGACUUAACCUAGCUCACGGUAACCCUAGUGAUAUCUCACUGGCCACAGUAAAAACUACUGUUAAAAAAAGCGAACUGGGUGUAUUGAGCUGAUUGUAACUGUAGGAGCCCAGCUACAGUCUGCCAGGGUGAAAAAUUACCAUCUUGACAUAUCAUCAUGAGUAAUGAAGUGCUGUAUCAUGAUAUUUCCAUAUACUUUUUAAAAAUAUAUAUAAUAACACAAACAGACUGUAAUAUUGGAUUCACGCUCUGUCUUCUCGUCUGCUCUUUUCAAUUUCUUCCCUCUGUUCUAAUUUCUCAGUCUAUUCUUUGAAGCACUUUGAUUGCAGCGAUGGAAUCUCUGCUCCAAGGUUGCAGGCUUACGGUACGAAGUAGGGAAUCAUAAACAUGAAGUCUGUGUUGUUUUUCAGGCUUUAACACUAUAACAUGAGCUAUGGUUAUCUUUUAAAAUGAGUUCUACUUUUUCAAAUAGUAUAUUUGCCGGGACGUGAAAAAGGGACAUCAGAAAAAUAACUUUGAAAUACAUCUUCAGCAAGUUUUGCAAUCCUAUAAAUACAAAAAUUACUAUACCGUCUAAAUGCAGGAUACUAACCUUAAUACAGUAUAUCUAAAUAAUUACCCAAUGAGAGGGUAAUAUUUCAGUAUUUUAAACUUGAAUUUUUGCUUAUCUGUUAACAAAUCUUUUUUGCUGUUUGGUGUCUUUGACAUUACAUUUAAGGUUCCUCUUUAUCUGUCCCAAAGUUAUGUGAUAUAUUAGUUUCAUUAUUUUUUAUAAAUAAUCUCCUUCUGAAUCUGUGUAUGCACAAUGAUUUUCAAAUUCAUUCCUUGUGCUACUUACCAGCACACAAGAAAUGUUAAACAACCCCUGGAUUAGACUGAAACGAUUUAGAGAAAUUAUGUGGCAUAGAAUAUAGCUUGAAUAUGUCUCUCCUUGAAGUACAGCAAGGCAGGAUUUGCCUCAGACUAUCUUAUCUGUGAGGACUUUAUAUGAUAAUGGUUGCUACUUGUCUCCAGCUCUUUUGGCAAUACAGUACUGGCAGUAACAUAUAACCUCACUUCCUGUAAGAACACCAGACAGGCUAUUAUAUUGCUGACUCCUGGAAAGGGUUCAACUUUUAAAUUCGAGAAGGUGUCUUUGAGAAGCUCUGAUGAAGGAAAUCUAGUAUCUAGUUUUGUGUUGUAGAUGCUAAAAGCACAGAAUCAGGUGAUACUGGCUGCAUUUACCUGCAUUUCAACAUUUCAGUGUUUUUGAAUGUAAUUUUUUUUUCAUUGUUCAGGAGAGUUGUAGUAUGUUUUUUUUUUUUACUUGUUUUCUUGUGUGUGUGUUUUAUGAAACAUAAACAUCUGUACAUCACACAGUACACAAUAAAAUAUUAUUUGCUUCUA